GGGCAAGCUCCGACCUGGUCGUGGAGUCAAAUUAACGCUGGACUUCCUUCCUACUACUGCGCGCAUUUCCUGCAUCAUUAUCGACCAUCCUCUCCCUGACGUCCCUUACCUCCUGAUUAUAUUUUACCAUUCUCAAUUCGGUCGCGGAAUCGAAAGCGGGAACCAACAUCUCCGAGACAUUCACGGCCUUCAGUCGCGCGCUGUGGUCGCCUUGUUACCCGUCCCGAAAGUUAACGCAUAAUGCGCUCGGGCGUUUAGAACUCUCUUUUGACCGACUUCGCUCACCUGCGCCCUUGUUAGGUCUGGUAGGAUAUACAGGGUUCUAACGAAUAGGCGACACACUGCAGACUGCAGAUGCAGUGAACCGACCAACUGAGAUUACAGCGGGAGCAAAGGGAUAACCGUUGACGCCAAACGAACCACCCAGUGCCACCAACUAGCCAAUAUGGCUCCUCCCUCCACCCCCCCUCCCAUUCCGGAGCGUACAAGGUACGAAGGAAAAUACGAAGGCCGAAGAGGAUCGCUUCCUCCUCUGUCAUUAAAGCUUCGCGCGACAGACGGGAAUCGAUUGCAUGUCCACCCUGCUUCCCCUGAGGUCAUCUCGAGCCUUAUUACGUCGCUGUCGAUCAUCUCGUCACCCGCAAACCGACUAUUCGAACUCCCAGGCGUCGCGCACUCUCUACCUAAUUCUCCAUAUGCGACACAAACCACCUUCGACCCUAUCGAUCGCUUGCUCCAGAAUGAGUCGAGCCAGGGCGGCAGUUUUGGUAUCGAUUAUGGCGCAUACAACCAGUCGUCUCACAACUAUUCAAUGAAUGAGCUGCCUUUGGAUGAAAUGUCUGCGACCGCACCAGUUAUCAGAACCGCCAAGCCUCCGUCUGGGUUCUCGGCGUUGACAGCUCUAAAAUCACCUAAACCCGACGGAACACCGAUUAGGAACUUGUUGAGGAGCUCAAGACCGACGUCGAGGGAAUCUAGCGGAGACGACGCUCUGAGCAUUGGAAGCGUGUCGAUAGAGCCCGGCUCGCUUCCACGAGACCUGAGGAGGAGGCGCUCCUCGGAUAGCUGGGAUAAGAAGCAAGGGAGACAUAACAAGGGAUUACUCUACAUGAGCUCCAAAGAACGGAUGCGCGAGUCUGAGAGAAAGCGCUCAUCAUCCAGUACCACGAGAGGUUCGGGAGUAGAACGUCUUCCAAAGCAAGAGUUUGAUACGAAAUCAUUCAUGUCUGAAGCACCAAUAACGGAAGAGCCGGUUGUUGAACAACCGGAAUAUCUCUGGAAUGACUCCGCCGCACCGAGUCAGUUAAUUGGGCCAGAUAGCUCUAUGAAUGGGACCAGCAAUGGCGGGAUCGGAUCAGGGCGGUACAUCCCCACGCGGGACUCGUCAUUGCGGAAUAAGAAGCGUACACCCCACAGCGGUAGAAGCUCAAGGCAACCGGCUCCAGAGCUUGCUGAUGGUACCAUCAAGGAGGUCGACGAACACUUAAGUCCAGUUAUAGACAAGGGUGCCGAGAAGUUUGGCAAGUCGGAAGCCAGCUUGACAGUGCAGAAACCCAGAGAGCAAUCGGCAAUCCCACCGCCAACCUCCCAGAAACCAAGAACAGACGGCGAACCAGAAAAGAGUCUGUAUGCCAACCAGGCGAGGGGCCAGUCAGUCAAAGACGACGGAGCACCAUCGCCAAAUGUUACCCAGCGUACAUCUCGCGAUAAGUCCGAGCAAGCGCAGAAUAAAGCAAAGAAAUCUAGUGGAAGGCUAACGCCAGAUCCAUUUGAGAGGCUUGCAGGGAGACGAGACUCGAAGCGGGAGUCUGGCAAGGGCAGACGUUUGUCGGGUUACCAGAGUGGCGCAGAGGGCGACAAUAAGAAUCGCAGAACAUCAUCAACGCCGUCAAAGAAGGAUAUACAGGCGGGUGAUGGUAAGGCCAAUCGCACGAGCACAGAUGCUCGGCCAACGAGUGCAGAUUCUAUCGAUGACGCAGUAGAUGCCUAUCUGUGCUCUCCACGAUUAUCACACAAGAUUACGCAUCCACAAACUGGACGAGUCAUUUCGUUCUCCGAGGUUGGAGACCUAGAAGGAUUCGCUGUGUUUUGCUGCGUCGGAAUGGGAUUGACGAGAUAUAUCACCGCCUUCUACGAUGAGCUUGCUCUCACGUUGAAGUUGCGUUUGAUUACCCCUGAUAGACCCGGUGUUGGUGAGAGUGAGCCUUAUACGGACGGAACUGCCACACCGCUUAGCUGGCCUGAUGAUGUAUACGCCAUCUGCCAGACUCUUAAAAUCACUAAAUUCUCCAUCCUGGCUCACUCCGCUGGUGCCAUCUACGCCCUUGCCACCGCUCUUCGCAUGCCACAGCACAUCCGGGGCCGCAUCCACCUCCUCGCACCCUGGAUUCCUCCGUCCCAGCUGAACGUUUUCGGCGGGCAACAGGUCAUGCCUCCAGCCAACUCCAUCCCAACAUCACAGCGCAUUCUCCGUGCCCUCCCCACGCCAAUCCUCAAAGCUGCAAACUCAUCAUUCAUGUCCGCCACAAGCAGCUCCAUCACCUCAAGCCUACCAAAGCAGAAGCGCGGGAAACGCAAGUCCACCACCGCUAAAGACGCGCCUACCAUUAUUAGGCUAGACGACGUUGUUGUUGGUCCCGGUGAUAAGGAGAAUGUUGGCCCACACACAGACAAAUAUGGCCCCGUGAAGUCCGGACAGGCGCCACCUCUUCCUCGCGCUGCCAAUAACCCUCCUGACCUAAGCAGCGAGGCUGCGAUCCUGGCGGCUGCCGCUAUGUCGGCGUCGAGCAAGGAGAGGCAGACUACCUACGACACGCGCGUGACGCAUGCCAUUUGGGAUCUGGCUACCAGCGGGGCCAAUCCCGCGGUGGACUUGUUGGUGUGUUUGGAGAGGAGACAUACGAUUGGGUUCCGAUACGUGGACAUUACGCGGGCCGUGGUGAUUCACCACGGCAGCAAGGACACGCGCGUUCCGGUUGAGAAUGUGAAGUGGCUCGGGAAGAUGAUGAGGAGGUGCGAGGUGAGGAUACUGGAGGGAGAGGGCCAUGGGCUCAUGGCUAGUGCACAGGUUAUGGGGGGGGUGCUUAUGGAGAUCGCGGGGGAGUGGGAUGAUUGGAUGAAAGUCGUUGAGCGUAAGGGGGGGAAUAAGGGAGAGGAGGCUGGACGGAGGCUGAGGGAGAGUCGGAGUGUUAGUGCCUUCCGGUAGAGGGGUUAAUAGGAUGUCAUACUUUUUGGAUACGAUGGAUGAUGGGAGGUCAGAUUGAUGGUUAUCUCCUGACCUGGUCAGGGCAUGUAGGUUUGUCACAAACCGAGGAGAGGAUAUAAGUCAGCUAUAGUCGUAUAAUGACACGGUACAAAAAGUUGUCGUCUUACAGU